CUCGAGUUGAGUGACAAGGAGCGAACUCGUUGGCAUCGAACCGUCGUGUAACCUCGAGAAAUGUCGCCACGCAGAGGUGUCAAACUCCCGCCGCUGCCUCCGUCACGGAAACAGAGACUCACGAAUGACCACGGAGUUCAGAAUAACAUUGUGCAGAAACCUGAGGAAGAACCACAAGGAGAAAGUGCGGCGAGAGAGUUGUGUGUUGCAGGCGGCAGUUACAUUUACGCCGGCACAGGGAGAAAACCCCGGCUGCUGAUGCACAUGGAAAGCUAUGUGAACAGGGAGCUUAAUACUAUCAGUCCCAAUGAGCCAAAACACCAGGAACUGAAGCUGCAGGUGUACCGUCAUAUCUUUGGCUGUUUCAUCAAAGAGUUCAAAACCUACCAACCCAUUCUGUCUGCUAUCAAAAAGGAAUAUGAAAACACUUUAGCAUUUCAGCAGGAUCAAAUCCGAGAACUGGAACCUCUGCGAUCUCAUCUGCGGCUGGUGAGGGAGGAGUGUGAGAGGAAGAUUCAAGCUUGCUUGAGAGAGGAACAGGCUGAGAUUGGAGCCUUGGAAAGAGAAAAGCAGAAGUUGCAGAGGGACAUUGAGGCCACGAGGGAGAAAGAAACGGGGAUUCAGGAAGUGGUAGAACAUCUGCAGCAUGAACUGUCUAACCAGUAUCUGCGAUACCGGGAGGAGCGUGACGCCCGCAAGUUGCUGAUUGGGCAGCUCAGUUACCUAACAAGAGCUUCUGGGAAAGAGGAGCAUGCUGCAGAUGAAAAUACAGAAGACGCCAAGGACCCAGAGGAGCUGCAGCUCGCUCUGAAGGUAUGUCGGGAAGACCUGACUACAUCCCAGGAGGAGCUCACCAGGAUGAAGGCAGAGUAUUGGGAUGUUGUGCCACGGUGCAACUGGGACAAACUGGAACAAACACACAAGCAGACACUUGUGCAGUUGAAGACGCUGCAGGGUGACUUUCAUCAGCUGAAGAGUGAGUAUGACGCCUUGCUGGAGCUCCACAAAGGAGGUGACGUGCAGGUUGAGGCACUUGACUCCACCACUGUGCAGGUUGAUUUGAGUGUGUCUAAAGGACACAGCCAGAUUCAGUCCAGCCAGCGUGAGAGCGACACCCUCACUGUCCAGGAGUUUAGAGAAGCCGUGAGCUCAGCGUUCCCUCUGAAGUCAGAUGAGGAAAUCAAUGAACUUGUGCCCUUGGCUCAGAGUGAAGCAGACAGAAACAAUGAUGUCAUCUCCUCCCAGACACUCUACAGCCUGCUUGAAGAAGCUGGUGUGGCAGCCCAACCUCCAGUUCUUGACCAAUCAGAGGAAAAAGUUGAAUCAAAUAGUUUUCCAGCCAGCGACUGAUAUAAAGUUGUAGUAAUAUUAUUCGUGCCAUUCACCUCUAUUGUUAUGUUCUCCUCACCAUAUAAUGUCUUAGAAAACGCAUUAAAAAAUGUGAUUUUUUUCUUAGUAGUUCAGGUGGACUUAUAUAUUUUUUGCCCUCUUAAUCUAUUUAUUAUUUUUCUUGUAAAAUGGACAAACUGGACCUGCACAUAACAAAGCCAUAGCACUACUUAAGGUAAAAAAUAUUACACAUUGAACCUUUAACCUUGAGUUACCCAUUCAUUUCCAGACUGCAUGAAAAACCACAUCACAUAGACCACAUAUGACAGUCAUUGCACCCUGCUGUAGACAUCCUGUUUACGCUUCAUUUAAUGCUAGGAUUACUGUGUGACAGAGAGGUACGAUUUCCAUACAGAAAAGUUAAACCAUUUAGAAUGACCUGAGUUUGUGUAUAAAUGUAUCUUAAAUUAUGCUCAUAUAUUCUUGAAGAACAAUUAUAAAAUAAACACAAU